UCAUUACGUUCACAAAACGAGCCGUAUAAACCAGUAGCAGUCGCCAUUUCAAUUGUGCCAGUAAUCCUACGAACUUCGACGUCAUCAGAAAUAUUUUAUAAAAAGUUAAAAGUAUCAUUAAAAUCAUUAAAUAAUUAUAUUCAUCAAAAGUCAUCUCUUUUUAUAAAAAAUAAAGUUACAUAAUUCAAAUAAAUUUGAAUAAAAAAAAUUAUCUUACAGUCACAAGAUGACGGGAAAGCGCAGACAUCAAUUUAAUGAAGACUCGUCUGGAGACAGUGAUUUUUAUUACGAAAAUUCAUCAAACACUAAUUCAAUAAGUGAAUCCAUUGAACCGAAACCUCGUAAACGUGGUCGUGGUCCAUCAAAGCGGCCAUGUUUGAAUCGCAAUGCGUUGAUGGCACGGAUGAAUCGUCAAAAAAAAAAGGAGUACAUAGAAAAAAUAGAAAACAAAUUAAUGCACCAUCGUCAAGAAAUAAAAGACUUGACUACAAUAAAUAAAAACCAGUGCAAUGAAUUAAAAAAAUUAAACGCUGAAGUUUCAUAUUUAAAAAACAUCCUCAAUAAUAAAUCGAGUAUUUCAUUGCUAUUAAAAUCAAUGAACGAAAUUCUGCGACGAAGCAAAAGGAAAACAGAUCCGAGUCCAAAGUCCAUUUGUCAUAUAGAAGAAAAUAAAGUCCACAAUGGCGAAGAAAAAGGUAUAUAUUUAAAUAACAAUCCUUUUUUACAGAUGACGCUGCCGCCAAUCGCAGUGUCAGAUCAUGACUACGCUAGUUCAUGUCUUGAUAACUUGUUUAAUUUUGAAGGAGUUAAUUACGAUCCAAUAAAUGGCCAAGUUUCUGUAAAAGAUCAGAAUCUUGAUGACAGUGCCAUUAAAAGUCAAAAUGAAUUAAUUAAAUCGCUUGAAACUGUCGAGGACAUUGAUCUAGGAAUCAGUGACACGGACAUCGAACAGCUCAGUUCGAUUGACGACAUGUUCAAUAAUAUAAAUGAUGAUGACCUGGAUGACGAGCCAAUUGAUUUUUUGAAACCCAGCAAUAGUCCUGUGGAGUCAAUAGACUUAUUCAAGGAUUUGGGCAACAGCGGGAUCUGCGUGCACGUUAAUUCUGGGAGAGUUUCAUUGGAAUUUUGCUCAGCUUGCCACUACAACAGCAUCAAUUCGAACGGACCGUGAAUUUGGAUAAGAAAAAUCUUAUGGAAGUUAGAAAUAAAUCUAAUGACAGAUUUAUUUACUGUAUGGUCGGUAACGUAGGAUAAGGAACUGUUGCUGAUUUAUUUUUUUAUAAUAAUUAUUUUCUAUUAAUACUGUAGUAGAUUAAGUUAUUUAAAUCUUAAACUGUAUUGUAAGUUUAUUUGUUAGUUAAAUAUGACGUAUGUAAUAUCGUUAUUUACAUUGUGAACCUCCGAGACUGUACCAAUUAUUUCAUUUUUACAGGACUUGAGGCGGCAGGAAAUUUAUCUCGGAUGUAAGGGAUAUUAGCCAACUAAAAUUAAGUUGUCGCAUUGCUGAAUGGAACUUGAUGCAGAAUUUUAAAAUAACGCCAGUUAAACUAUAAUUAAUAUACACUUAGCAAACGACGUUUAUCAGGUUGAGUAUUAUGUAUCAGACAUUUAUAAUUUUCAUUUAUUUUAAAAAGAUAUGAAAAUUACAACUGACGAGGCAUUAGUUGCCUACAAUUUUUCCUAAAUGUAUCAAAUGCCUACAAUAUUUUUUUGUACAUUAAAAUGCUUACUGUUCGUCUACUGAAAUUUUCUACGGGUUUAUUGCCUGCAUAAAUAUAAAAUAUGUAAUUUAAUUGCAGACUGUUCUGUCACUUGAAAAUAUUUCAUGAUGUCCAAUUGAUUACUGUUUUACUGUGUACACAAAUCAAUGAAAUUCCUAAUUAAUGUAGAUGAGCUUCUGAUUUAUUUGCCGAGAAUAUCAAGCACGCCGAGGGAAAUGAUCAACCAAGACCGAUCACUUGAGAAAAAAAACGCAGCUGAUCGAAAAAUAUCAGGACCAGUCUUCACAAUAGUACCUGGAAAAUUCCGAGUUUUCUGUUAGAAAUUAGUCGCCUGAUCAGGUAAUUUUCUACAUCUGUAGGAUUCAGUCCAGUAUCUUAUGAUGGACCGGGCGAGUCAUACUACUGUGAAAAUUACCGUGGUUCUGAUAUUUUACAGAGGAGCUGUGUCUUUUUUCUCAAGUGAUCGGUCUUGAACGUUGAUAAUUUCUCUCAGCAAGUACUUGGUUUCCUCGAGAAAUAAAUCAGAAGCUCAUCUGCAUUAAUUAUUUCAUUGUUUAGGCACGUAGUUAAAUAGUAAUCAAUUCAACAUCAUGAAAUUUUUUUAGUAAGCUAUAGAUCUACAAUAAUUUUUUUAUGCAAUUAAAUUAUAUAUUUUAUAUUUAUAGGCAAUAGAAUUGUAGAAAAUAAAUUUUAGUAAACUGAACAGUAAGUAUUUAUAAGGUACGACAAAAUAUUAGCAACUGAUACCUUCUCCAAUUCUUUAAAUUACGUAAUAUUAUUUUUCACCAUCUUCAAAAUUUCAAAAAAAUUUAUUUAUUAACAAAAUUUUGAAUUUAUUCCAUCUAACAUUUAGUUUUUUUAUUUUUCAAAAAUCUAUGAAAUAUUAAUUAAUCUCAAAAUAUAAAUUUUUUAAAUUCGAUAAAUUGUUUUUUUUUUUUUUUUAAUAAAAAUUUUGACAAAAAAGAAUGAAAAUAUACGGAAAAUUUUUCUAUAAUUAUUUAACUCAAAACUUUUGUUUAAAUUUUAAUGAAGAAAAAUCUAUAUGAACAUUUAAAGUUAACCGUAAAAAUUUGAAAUCUUAAAAUAAAACGAUAGAUUUAAAUUUGAAAAUAUAAAAUAUUAUUCUCACAUCAAUGAAAAUUUAAGUUUCAGCUUUCCUCAACUUGCGACUGAUCAGCAAUAGCACAAUGGAACGGCUUUUAUUUAUCUUAUAAAUAAAUAAAUAUACAACAUUGUUGAACACUUUCUUUGAUUCUUACAAAAAAAAUGAUUUCAUUGAAGCAUCUCGGAGGUAAAUAUAAAUUGGUUUUGUUGUAUUUCAUUACUCUACAUUUAUGUAAUACCAAUAUUAUAUAUUUUAUAAGAAGAAAAAAUAUUCAAAUAUACG